AUGUCCGCCGCCUCCACCGUUACCACAAUUUCAACACCAACCCUGGACUCCGAGUCCCCUGCCCUUCUCCAAUCCAUACCCCAUGGCGGCUAUGCUUAUGCUCGCAUGGUCACUUUAGCGGCUGCCGGUGACGAACGCGCUGCCGAGGUGGCGCGUGAGAUGGCAUGGGAGCAACUUCACUCUGGCCCUUGGCACUCCGUUCUCCCCGUCUGGCGUGACGCUUACUCCAUGGCGUGCCUCCACGUGGCCAAGUUCCAUUUCUCCAAUGGUGAGUUUGGAGAUGCUCUUAGGGCUUUGGAUAUGGGCAUCAUAAUGGGCGGUCCUUUGCUUAGGAAAGUGGACUCCGCAAUCGAAGUCGUUUCGGCAGCCAAAGCAAGACGGGAUCAUAACGGAGGAGCUAAUGCUGAUAAUGAGGGUCCCGAAAAAGCAAGGUGUCGAUUGUUGGUGUGUCCGGAGCAGCUUGAUAAGUCCGAGCUAUUACGGAUUUUACCAAUAGGAUCCUUGUCUUCUAAGAUUGUGGGGAAGAGGUCUGCCCUAUCUUUGGAGGGAUUUCUACGUGAAUAUUUCCUGUCUGGUUCUCCAGUUAUAAUUAGUGAUUGUAUGGCCCAUUGGCCAGCCAGGACAAGGUGGAAUGAUAUGGAUUACUUAAGAAGGGUUGCUGGUGAUCGUACAGUUCCAGUUGAGGUUGGAAAAAACUACUUAUGUUUAGAGUGGAAGCAAGAACUUAUUACGUUUUCCCAGUUUCUCGAGAGGGUUCAAUCUAAUGGCUGCAGAAGUAAGGUCCCUACCUAUCUUGCACAACACCAGUUGUUUGAUCAGAUAAAUGAGCUGCGGAAAGACAUUUCUAUUCCUGAUUACUGUUAUGCUGGGGGUGGGGAGCUGAGAUCUCUCAAUGCAUGGUUUGGUCCAGCUGGGACAGUGACACCAUUGCACCAUGAUCCACACCAUAAUAUACUUGCUCAGGUUGUUGGGAAAAAGUAUGUAAGACUCUACUCUGCUUCAUAUUCUGAGGAGCUUUACCCAUACAGUGAAACAAUGCUCAAUAAUUCAAGCCAGGUUGAUCUAGACAAUAUAGAUGAUGUAGAGUUUCCAAAAGUUUGUGACUUAGAAUUCCUGGACUGCAUUUUAGAGGAAGGUGAAAUGCUUUAUAUCCCACCGAAAUGGUGGCAUUAUGUGCGAUCCUUAACAACAAGUUUUUCAGUGAGCUUUUGGUGGAGUGAUUCUGGGAGUUCAACAGUGUCUUGAUAAUGUAUUCUUUCCAUGUUCUAAUUCAUUUGGAAUGGAACUGGGCCUCAUAUUAAAACCUUAGCUGGUAAAUUCCUAUACAGGCUGAAAGAGGACAAUGAUUAGUGUAUUCUUAUGUGUAUAGAGAGUUUGUCUACUCAAAAGGAAGUUGGUAGAAUGUAAUCAUUGACAAUUGUGAUAGUAUUUCGGGUUAUCUGAAGUAUGAUAUUGAAUGCUAUCAUCUUCCACAGAUUCUCUCUCUCUCUCUCUCUCUGUGCUUUCUCAUUGAGGUGUAGGUUUUUAUGGAAAA